CACAGAUUUUCUAAUCUAAGAGUUAAUCGUUAUAAACAAAAGAUUAGUGACAACUGAAGAUCGGCGAUUGUCACAAAGGAUUAGAAGAGGUGAAUAUUAUGCAAUCAUCAAAUUAAAAUUGCGAUUUUUGUUGUACACAACGGACAGAAAUAUGGCUGAAGAAAUUCUGACUUCAUUAAGGAGAACGAAUUCAGAAAAUUUUGGUGCCGGAGAAGGACACCAUGAAUUGACUGAUGCAUCUGUUAAGUAUGAUGUUCCCGAAGAUUUUGAGCUAACUAAAGCUGAAUCUAUCAAAGACAAAAAUACAACAUCAAGAUGGGCAAGUUUGACAAGAAUCUUCCGUCUGGGGCUUGCUGCUGCUGGUCAUGGAGCAGACUUGCCAGACAUUUCAUCUUCACAGGUGGAGCAGCUUACUACACACAGUAAGAGAGGCUCACUCGGGAAAUUCUUUAGGCACGGGUUUGGGCACAGUGUACCAGCUACAUUGAACGAAUCAGACAUAAACUCACCAGCUGAUUUGAAAGAUGAUGUUCAACUUCAGAAUAAGAGAGGAUCUUUGGCUAGGUUUUUCAAACAAUCCAGGCCUGUAGAUUUGGAAGGAAAUCAUAUAAAGGGAUCAGAAGAUCAUGAAGUAUGUGGAGAAAGAAGAGAAACAAGAAAGCAACAACUGGGAAAAAUUUGGAAGCAAAGGUUUGGUGGAGACAGAAGAAAAUCUGGCACGGAAGACAUUUUACCCAAUACUGAGCCUCUGUACAACACUGGCCCAUCAGUGUCAAAUCAUGAACAGAAAAGAAUGUCAUUGGGAAAAAUGUUUAGGCUUAAACAAAAUAGCAGUACUUCUAAAGAAGUCAGUCAUACCUAAAUACUAAAAUUUCUGUAAUCAUUAAUUACCCCAAGGAAUUUAGACAGUCAGUUCAGACUGCACUCUUUUGACAGCUGUGUUUAUCAUCAUCUCCAGAUUCUUAUAGUGAAACAGGUCGUUUUCACAGUUUUUGCUAUCACAGUGUAAUACAGCUUCGUGGUAGGUACUGGAACAUAAUAAAAUUUUACAAAAGACAUUUGUUAAAAAUGUUCUGCCUUCAAGCUAUUGUUUGAACCUUAUGGAGAUCAGGAAGCAAGAACAUGUAUGAUUAGAUGACAUUAAUGGAGCUUCACAUGAGAAAGAGAAAAUUAUCUAUAUAACUAAUACUUCUACACAAUUUGCUUCAGAAAUAAACUUUUGUACUAUAUUAUACAUUUCAUAAUAAUCUAUCUUAGUAAUAUCAUUUUAAAUUUCACUGAACUUUUUUUUUUUUUCUAGGUGAAAAUUGAGAUCUUUAAACUGCUUAGCAAAAUACAUGAUUAUCAGAACAUGGUAUCUUGUUGUGCUAAAUGUAACCUUAUGCACACUGUGCACUUCUUAAUUUUAUACCUAGGUAUUUGCAAUGUAAGUUGAAGUACACAAAGCAUUCGUUAUUGUUUCAUUUACUUAGCCUAAGGUACAAGUAAAUAGCGAAACAGACAUGUGAAGUAAUACUGAAUAACUAAUGAAAACUUACAAUUACAAACAUUUGUUGUAUUUUUAAGGAAUCUCACAUGAAACUGACCGCAUUACCAUAACACAUGUAUUGUGAACAGCAGAAUCACUUGGAAUGAGAGUGGGCACUUUUAAUGCUCAGUGAAUUUAUUUGUCAACUAAGUUAGCUGUAUGUGUAUAUUGUUCUUAAAUAUAAUUACAGCAACAUAAAAAAGACAUAGAAUGGAUUAGGAAAUCAUGUGCAGACAGGUAAUUAUAUCAUGAUACUGAGAUUAUAGAAUGAAAGUGGAAAUAAGGAUUUUAUAGAUGUGAUGAAACAUAAAACUCAAUAAAUGAAAACUCAAAAAGCAAGUAUCUUUCAGUAAAACACGAAUAGAGGCAAAAAUCGGAGUAUAAAUUGGUUUAAAUAAAGUACAUACUUCUAGAGAUCUAAUUGUUGAUUAUUUGUGGUUGGCCGUUGGGAAUGAGUGAUUCUAGGUGCUUCAGUCUGGAACCACGCGACCACUACGGUCGCAGGUUCGAAUGCUGCCCCAGGCACGGAUGUGUGUGAUGUCCUUAGGUUCGUUAGGUUUAAGUAGUUAGUUAAGUUCUAGAGGACUGAUGACCUCAGAUGUUAAGUCCCAUAGUGCUCAGAGCCAUUUGAACCAUUUGAUUAUUUGUGUGUUGUUCAGGUAAGGGCAACACCACAACUGAUUGUGUAAUGUGAUAAUGUGUAUACAAAAAUGACAUAUUCUUAACAUAAAUAAUUAAGGAUUACAACACAGCAGAGAGUAUGCAGUGUUCUCCUUGGUUGUAGAUUACUGUUUUGUUCACAAGCUAGAAUUUCAGACUAUUAAUUCGCUCAUCUUUUCGUUUCUUGACGAGAAAAUUUGGCAGUUGUCACUGGAGUCAUGAAUAGAGCAACGUAUCCAGUUUCAAAAAUAAAUAUGGCACUUCUCAGAUUAACGUGACGUAUAUUUGUACUCUCAGAUACAAUGACUCUCCAUAUUAACGACUCUUUAUAAGAAACACUACAAUAAUUUCUCAGUCUUCACGUAAAUGUUGAUAUGACAACUUGAGAUACAACAAUAAAAUGCUAAAAUUUACGUGACAGAUAUCAAGAGUCUAUAUAGUCUCAGUUUUCUUUUAUUCAGUGGUACACUCUUCUUCUUUGAGCUGGGAUGCUGCAGCACAGAGUAACUGCUAUGCCAGCCAGUACCACAAUGUGUGGUAAGACAGCCAUUGUCAUCCCAUGUUAAACAUGUACUUUGUCCAUCUGUACCAGUUUACAUACACAAACAAAAAAAA